AUGGCCCGUGGGGCUGAGGCCUCGGGCCUCGCACUGCUGCCGGCGCAGAGGGAGGUCCCGCAGCAGCCCAGCCCUGCUAUGGCAGCCAGGGCGGGUGGCGGUUUGCCGCUGGUACCGCACUGCAAUUGUUUCAGGCUCAAGUAUCUGGUGUGUAAAAGGAAGCUCGAAAGUAAAAAGGAGGCAUUGCUGAUCCUUUCCAAAGAGCUGGACACCUGUCAACAAGAAAGAGACCAGUACAAGCUUAUGGCCAACCAGUUGCGGGAACGACACCAGUCUCUGAAAAAGAAGUAUCGGGAGCUGAUUGAUGGGGAUCCAUCCCUUCCACCUGAAAAGAGGAAACAGGCAAAUCUUGCUCAACUACUGAGUGAGGCUCAAGAUCGAAAUAAACAUCUUGGAGAAGAGAUUAGAGAGCUUCAACAGAGACUGGGAGAAGUGCAAGGGGACAAUAAGCUUCUUCGAAUGACAAUAGCAAAGCAAAGACUUGGAGAUGAUGAAGUUGGGGCUCGCCACUUUGCAGCACAUGAACGGGAGGACCUUGUUCAACAAUUGGAGAAGGCUCGAGAGCAAAUCGAGACUCUGAGAUAUGAUCUUCAGGCUGCACUGGAUGAGUUACAGGAUGUGAAAGAGGAACGCUCUUUUUACCAAAAUAAGUCUGACAGACUAAACCAAGAACUUAAUCAUGUCUUAGGAGGGCAUGAAAACCGUAUCAUCGACGUAGAUGCUCUAUGUAUGGAGAACAGGUAUCUUCAAGAGAGAUUAAAACAACUUCAAGAGGAAGUCAAUCUUCUUAAAUCUAAUAUUACUAAAUAUAAGGUUCUGUGGGGGGACCCUCCUCCUGCUGGGGAGGGCGAUCAGCCUUCCAGCCCACUGAAUGCACUAGAGAGACGAAAAAAUUCAAAGACUCAUAGUAGAUCCAGUAGCAGUGCUCUGACUGGAGUCCUGUCUGCAAAGCAAGUCCAAGAGUUGUUGUCGGAGGAUCAUGGAUGUAGCCUACCAGCCACACCACAGUCUAUUUCAGAUCUCAAAUCACUGGCCACUGCAUUGUUGGAAACUAUCCAUGAAAAAAACAUGGUCAUACAACACCAAAGGCAAACCAACAAAAUUCUAGGUAAUCGAGUGGCAGAACUAGAAAAGAAAUUAAGAACUUUGGAAAUUGCUGGCUUGUGGAGUCUUCCAGGUGGAAAGGAUACCAUAACAUUCAGUGACCCAACCUUGCCUGUUAUACAGCAGUCCAGGUCACCGUUGUUAGCGUUUACUGAUAAGCCACAGAAAACUGAAGUACAAGCAGAACAGAAGGGAGAACGUGAUGAAACUUGUGCUGUUGCAAGUGAGUCCCUGGCUCCAGAGGGAACAAACUUAAACAACAGAAACCAAAAUAAACAUUUUUAUUCUUCGUUACCCCAGCUACCUUCUGAGGAGGAAGAAAUAAACAAGCUUGGAAGUCAGAUAAUUAAACUGACAGAGCAGGCAGUUGCAGAACUGGAAGGGAAAAGAGCAGGCGCUUCUGCAGGGGAGCAGAACACGGUGGUUGGAGCGGAGCUUAAUGGUUCAUCUGAGGGAGAGUUCCCACUUUCAAGCCCUGACCCAUCCGACCCCACAGAUCCCUCAAACUCAGAGAAUGAACAAACAGCUGAAACUGAGGCCCUGAAAGACAAUGACGAAACGUCAGAGAGCGAUUGUGAAAUUCCAAAUGAAAGAGGGAAUCGAAAUAGCAGCACCGUGGAUGUGGUGCAUACUGAGGACCCUGGAAGGCAUGGAGGGCUCAGUGUUACAACUGCACACACAGAUAACAGCUUUGAGGACCUUCUCCCAGGAACACAAGACUUCAAAGGCAGAAGACUUGUAAAAGACAGACAUCUGUGCUGCACUAUGCGAUAA